GCCCAGCCUCCGCCUCCGUAGUUUGCGUCUUCUGCAGAGCCCGGGCCGCGCAGCCGACCUCGCCGGUCCGCCCUGCGAUCCCUUUCUCUGCCCCAGCCGCAUCCCGGCCUCACAAGCCUCGUCCCAGAGAAGCUCUAUGUCGGCCUCCCCAGCCUACAGCGAAGACAAGGGCGGCUCCGCCGGCCCCGGGGAGCCCGAGUAUGGCCACGAUCCAGCGAGCGGCGGCAUCUUCUCCUCGGACUACAAGCGGCAUGAUGACCUUAAAGAGAUGCUGGACACCAACAAGGACUCCCUCAAGCUGGAGGCCAUGAAGAGGAUUGUGGCGAUGAUUGCCCGGGGAAAGAAUGCCUCCGACCUGUUUCCUGCAGUGGUGAAGAAUGUAGCCUGUAAGAACAUAGAGGUGAAGAAGCUUGUCUAUGUGUACCUGGUGCGCUAUGCGGAGGAGCAACAAGACCUGGCCCUGCUGUCCAUUUCUACCUUCCAGCGUGGGUUAAAGGACCCCAACCAGCUGAUUCGGGCCAGCGCCCUCCGUGUCCUCUCUAGCAUCCGUGUGCCAAUCAUAGUGCCCAUCAUGAUGCUGGCCAUCAAAGAAGCUGCUUCGGACAUGUCACCCUACGUCCGGAAAACAGCUGCCCAUGCAAUCCCUAAACUGUACAGUUUGGACUCUGACCAGAAAGACCAGCUAAUAGAAGUGAUUGAGAAGCUUCUGGCGGACAAAACCACACUGGUGGCCGGCAGCGUGGUGAUGGCCUUCGAGGAGGUGUGCCCCGAGCGCAUCGAUCUCAUUCACAAAAACUACCGGAAACUGUGCAACUUGCUCAUCGACGUGGAGGAGUGGGGCCAGGUUGUCAUCAUCAGCAUGCUCACCCGCUACGCGCGCACCCAGUUCCUGAGCCCCACCCAGAACGAAUCCCUGCUAGAGGAAAACCCGGAGAAAGCCUUCUAUGGCUCGGAGGAGGAUGAGGCCAAGGGACCCGGGCCCGAGGAGGCUGCCGCCACCGCGCUGCCCGCCCGAAAGCCCUACGUCAUGGACCCCGACCACCGGCUGCUGCUGCGGAACACAAAGCCCCUGCUGCAGAGCCGCAGCGCCGCCGUGGUCAUGGCGGUGGCGCAGCUCUACUUCCACUUGGCCCCCAAGGCGGAGGUGGGCGUCAUCGCCAAGGCGCUCCUACUCCAGUGAGCCCCUCAGCUCGGAAGCACUCAGCUUCACUUCCAUAGUGAGGUGCAGUACGUCGUGCUGCAGAACGUGGCCACUAUGUCCAUCAAGCGCCGGGGCAUGUUUGAGCCGUACCUGAAGAGCUUCUACAUCAGGUCCACCGACCCCACCCAGAUCAAGAUCCUGAAGCUGGAAGUGCUGACCAACCUAGCCAAUGAGACCAACAUCCCAACUGUCCUUCGGGAGUUCCAGACCUACAUUCGCAGCAUGGACAAAGAUUUUGUGGCGGCCACGAUCCAGGCUAUUGGACGCUGUGCAACGAACAUCGGCCGUGUCCGGGACACCUGUCUCAACGGACUGGUGCAGCUGCUGUCCAACCGCGAUGAGCUAGUGGUUGCCGAGUCAGUGGUCGUCAUUAAGAAGCUGCUGCAGAUGCAGCCCGCACAGCACGGGGAGAUCAUCAAGCACUUGGCAAAGCUCACAGACAACAUCCAGGUGCCCAUGGCCCGAGCCAGCAUCCUGUGGCUCAUUGGUGAGUACUGUGAGCAUGUUCCCAGGAUUGCACCCGACGUUCUGAGAAAAAUGGCCAAGUCCUUCACAGCAGAGGAGGAUAUUGUCAAGCUGCAGGUCAUAAACUUGGCAGCCAAGCUCUAUCUGACCAACUCUAAGCAGACCAAACUGCUGACCCAGUACGUCCUGAGCCUGGCCAAGUAUGACCAGAACUACGAUAUCCGGGACCGAGCCCGCUUCACCAGGCAGCUUAUUGUCCCUUCGGAGCAGGGUGGGGCCCUCAGCCGUCAUGCCAAGAAGCUCUUCCUGGCCCCCAAACCAGCCCCUGUCUUGGAAUCUUCCUUCAAAGAUCGGGAUCACUUCCAGCUGGGCUCCCUGUCCCACCUGCUCAAUGCCAAGGCCACGGGUUACCAGGAACUCCCAGACUGGCCAGAGGAAGCCCCAGACCCAUCUGUGCGCAACGUGGAGGUUCCUGAGUGGACCAAGUGCUCAAAUCGAGAGAAGAGGAAGGAGAAGGAGAAGCCUUUCUACUCAGAUUCGGAGGGGGAGUCUGGGCCCACAGAGUCAGCAGACAGUGACCCUGCAUCUGAAAGUGAGUCGGACAGUAAGAGCAGCAGCGAGAGCAGCUCUGGGGAGGCCAGCAGUGAGUCCGACGAUGAAGAUGAGGAUGAGGACAAAGGGAGGAGCAGUGACAGUGAGCUGAGUGAGCAUGGUCAGAGGAAGAAGACGAAGAAGAAGAAGGUGCCGGAGGGACACAGAGAAGGCUCGUCCUCAGAUGAGGGCAGCAACUCCAGCAGCAACUCUUCCGAGUCGGAAGCGACAUCAGAGUCGGAGUCGGAGCAAGUGGAACCCGCCCCUUGGAGGAGAAAAACCCCUCCAAGCAGCAAAAGUGCCCCUGCAGCCAAGGAGCUCUCCCUGCUCGACCUAGAGGACUGUGCCCCCAAACUGCCUGCUGGCAUCAGCAUCCAGGAGUUUCCAGAAAUCGAGUCCCUGGCACCUGGAGAAUCCACUACUGCUGUAAUGGGCAUUAAUUUCUGUGACUCUACCCAGGCAGCCAACUUCCAGCUGUGCACCCAGACCCGGCAGUUCUACGUCUCCAUUCAGCCUCCCGUGGGGGAGCUGAUGGCACCUGUGUUCAUGAGUGAGAAUGAGUUCAAGAAGGAGCAGGGAAAGCUGACAGGCAUGAGUGAGAUCACAGAGAAGCUCACGCUGCCGGAAACCUGUCGAAGUGACCACAUUGUCAUGCAGAAAGUGACUGCCACUGCCAACCUGGGUCGUGUCCCCUGUGGGACAGCUGACGAGUACAGGUUUGCAGGGAGGACACUGACCAGCGGGAGCCUCGUCCUGCUGACCCUGGAUGCCCAGUCCCCUGGAGCUGCACAGCUGACCGUCAACAGCGAGAAGAUGGUAAUUGGUACCAUGUUGGUGAAGGAAGUGGUCCACGCCCUGACCCAGUGACUCCUAAAUCCAUGACCUCCUCUUUGGCCCCUGCUUGCCUUUCCCCCAGACAUCUGGGCAUCUGGAUUGCCAGCGCCUCCCUCUCUUCCCCUAUCAAUCUCCUCUUGCCAGAUAGCAUCCAGGGCAGCCUUUUUCUCUGGUCCUUACCAGGCUACAUACACCUCAUUCCCACUCCCCCUCUACAUGGGUUCCUCAGUGGCCGGGGCCAUGAGACAGCAACUGCUCCCUCCCAGCUUUCUGUAGCUAUUGAUGGAGCAGAUUCCCAAUAAAACGUCUUCUCCCUA